AUGCUCACCAAAUCCCUCUUCGCUUCCCUGACCCCCUUGAGACACUCGUUGCGACCUCGCUACAGUGUCUCAGCACGGCUUCCUCUACCCAGCAAUGUCGUUGUCCGAUACAGUUCCUACUCGCCGUUGGGUAAGACCUCUUCGGACUCCCGCAAGAAAGUAACCAUCCAAACACUCCAAACCAUGUACAAAAAGGGCGAUCCCAUCACGGUACUUACAGCCCACGAUUUCCCUAGCGGCCAUGUAGCCGAUGCCGCGGGAAUGGACGUGGUUCUUGUCGGAGAUAGCCUGGCCAUGGUUGCGUUAGGAAUGGAGGAUACAAACGAGGUGGCGAUGGAAGACAUGCUGGUUCAUUGUCGAAGCGUGUCUCAUAGUAGACCUCCCCAUGGCUCGUACGAACUAUCCCCCGAGCAGGCACUCCAAUCCGCCAUCCGGAUGGUCAAAGAAGGCGGCAUGAAAGCCGUGAAACUCGAAGGCGGGCAGGAAAUGGCGCCUACCAUCCGGCGAAUCACCCAGGCUGGGAUCCCCGUCCUGGCACAUAUCGGACUAACGCCGCAACGACACCAUUCCAUCGGCGGGUUUAGGGUUCAGGGCAAGUCCGUCGCGGGAGCAGUCAAGGUAAUGCGGGACGCCCUUGCCGUGCAGGAAGCCGGGGCGUUUAUGGUUCUGGUCGAGGCUGUUCCCGGGGAGGUUGCUGCUUUGAUAACGGAGAGGCUUCGUGUUCCGACGAUCGGGAUCGGGGCUGGGGUUGGCUGUUCGGGACAGGUGCUGGUGCAGGUGGAUAUGCUCGGGAAUUUCUCGCCGGGGAGGUUCGUGCCUAAGUUUGUGAAGACUUAUGCGGAUGUUUGGGGAGAGUCGAUCAGGGGUAUUGAGGAGUUUAAACGCGAUGUUAAGAGUAGGGCUUUUCCUUCGCGCGAGUAUACCUAUCCGAUUUCUGAGCAGGAGCUGUUGGAGUUUCGGAGUGUGGUGGGUGAGGUAGUGGACCAGGAGAGUGGACAUAGUGAGUAG